CUCACUCCAAAGUACAAACAAUAGUUCAAUAUUUAUCCCAUUCGAUGCACUUAAGCAGGCUGAGAUGACUCACGUAUGCAGUUGAUUCCUUCUCUCUUCAAUAUUCUUCCUCAACAAUAAACCAUCCGUUAAACUUACACAAAAUCUUUGAGAUGGCAAAGACUACUUCGGUGAAACCCGAAGGCAACCUACAACAGCUUAUACGAGAAGCUGAUGAAUUGGCAGCUAAGCUGUAUUCAAGGACAUCUGAUAUCGCAAUCUAUAGAUUUCCCCGAACUCUCCGCGAGGGCAACGAAAAGUACUCCAAACCAAGGACAAUGGCUAUAGGCCCCUUUCAUGCUCAUGCUCAUGCUCAUGCUACAGAUCUGGAUCGCGUACAAAGUAAAAUGUUUAACUUCUCCCACGUUACGCGUGAAAUUGGAGGUAUGGGAGUUAUGAAAACGCUUAUCAAUGAAUUGGAGAAGUUAGAACUGACGGCUCGGGCGUGCUACGAUUCAGAUAAAGUGGUAACUGAUAUGAAACACUACGAGUUCUCGAAGAUUAUGAUACUUGAUGGCUGCUUUGUUUUUCGGGUAAUUGUUCAAUUAACCUACAAAAAACUUCCGCUAGUUACGCCCACAUUAGGGAGCUCUCAUGGGUCGAUAUAUGAUCUCCUUCUAGACUUUGUUAAACUUGAAAACCAGAUUCCGUUCUUCAUCCUGGAAUCCAUCUUUGAGAAAUACAAGCAGCUCAAUCCAGACGCGGCCUCUAGCUUAUCCGAGUAUGCUCUUAGUUUUCUUGGGAUGACCAUACUAAAAGAGCAUAACCUUUGUACUCCGAAACCCGAGCAGAGAAUCAAUCAUCUGCUUCACUUGGCGAAGAUGGCGUUAUUCCCUCUUCCUCGUCCAGAUAGUGCUUCAACAAUGACAACCGUAGUGAGCAUGGGCCCCGACAAGCCAUCAUCAUCGUCGUCGUCGUCAUCCUUAUUGACUGAAACAAGAACUGCAUCAGAGCUGAAAGCAUACGGAGUCAACUUCCGGACGCCAAAGGUCGGUAAUAAUGCUUACCUGCAAGAUAUACGCUUCAAGAAUGGCGUCCUUGAAAUCCCAAAACUCAUGUACAACGAAAUAACCGCUCCACUCUUCCUGAACUUCUUGGCUUACGAAGUUUCGUAUCACAGGAACGACAUGGAGGAACUUGCUGUAAUGUCCUACAUCUGGUUCAUGGAUAGCCUCAUCAGGGACGUCGAGGACGUUGAGGUGCUUGUUCAAUCCGGUGUCCUGCAAGCUCGGAUCACCGACGCCAAGGAUAUAGUCUCUUUGUUUAACAGCCUCGCCGGGAGCCAGUUUAUCGAGCCAGAGAGAUACCACUUCGAGCAUAUACAUCGACAGUUGAAGAGAUACUGUGAGUCCGGCCUCCGCCCGCUUCGCGCGAAAUUGGUUUAUUUCUACAAUCAUGGGAGGUGGGAUUUCCUUAAUACCAUCCUCCUCUCUUUCUUCACCGUCACCCAAACCCUGUUUUCCAUCCUUGCCUACCUCAUUCCCCUGAAAAAUUGAAAUAGCUACUGCUGUAGACCCUCUUCGCAUUCCCUUCGAUCCAAGGUGGUGCAUGCAUGUUUCGUUGCAAGGUUUUGUUUUGGAUGCUUAUUUUGGCGCUCCACUUUUAUACGCAGAUCCUUCACAAUUUUCUUUUGCUUUUUGCUUGGUGAGUGAGUGAUAUGAAAGUUUUUUUUUGUUUUUUUUAUUUUUAUCAUUAAUGAUAUGAAAGUAGUUCUGAUACACUAAUAAACGUUGGUUUCGAGAGCUGUUUGAGUGAAUAAUCGUUGUUCUAUUAUAAUGUAAAAGUUUAUACCAAUAAUAUUGUUGCUUGGACUUGCCUAUGA